GCCGGGGCGCCUCCCUGUGGCCACGGUGAGUGUGUGCGGCUGAAGCCGAGUGGUUUUUUCAUGCCGGGGAUUUCCUGGGCGGAAGGAGCGGAAGGGGGCUUUCCAGUCCGCCGCCGCUCUGCCUGAAGCAGCUGCUCUUUCGCCGCUUGUCCUGCUGGAUUCUGAACAUUUCCUCCAGGUUUUGGGUCUACCAUGUCCCGGGACGGUGGACCGGGUAGACGUGUGUGUUUGGACCGGACCGGACUGAUCUGUGGUUCUUUAACCAGCCACCCCAUCCUACCGAGCGAGGCGCCGCUUUGAGAGCCUGGGGAGUCCGUCGGCCUGCGGUUCCGUCUGAUUCAUGUAGGUCAUGUCCGCAGGGAGGAGUGCUGAAGGGAGGGAGGUGCAGAUUCCCCUCCAGCAGGUGGCACCCUCCCUGGCCACACCCCUGUCACUGAUCCCCCCCAUUGCCCCACCCCCCCAGCGCCCAGCCAAUCCCUGGCCCAGCAGCGACCCUGCUGCCCCGCCAGCGGUUUUCCCGGGAUCGGACUCCGGCUUCUUCCCGGCUCGCGGAGGGUUCCGGGACCAUUUCGUGGCGACGCCCGAGGCGAAGUACUGCUGUGAGGUUUGCUGCCUCGUGCUCUGCCAGCCCAGACAGACCGAGUGUGGACACCGCUUCUGUGAGAGCUGCAUCACAGACCUGCUCAGUAAGCAGAAUCCGGUGUGUCCAGCAGAUAUGGAGCCACUAUUUAAGGACAAGAUCUUCCGUGAUGUGUGCUGCCACAGAGAGAUCAUGGCUCUGAAGGUUUACUGUCGCAGCCAAGCCAAUGGUUGUCCUGAGCGGAUGAGUCUCCAGCAGGUCAUGGACCAUCUUAAUGUGUGUCCGUACUUUGAGGUUCCCUGUCCGUUUGGAAAGUGUAAGGAGAAGGUGAUGAGGAAAGAUAUUCCUGACCACCUCAGCUGGAAGUGUAAACACAGAGAGUCCAGCUGUGAAUACUGCAAACAGAAGAUGCCACUUAGUGAGCUGCAGAAUCACAAAGACACCGUGUGUCCUGCGUUCCCUAUGGCCUGUCCCAACCACUGCUCGCUCUCCUCACUGCUCAGGAGCGAGCUGUGCAGUCACCAACAUGAGUGUCCCAAAGCCCAGGUGUCCUGUCCUUUCCUUCGGUAUGGCUGUCCUUACAAGGGGUUAAACCAGGACUUGAUGGAACAUGAAAGUACUUCUGCAGCAGAACACCUGAGGUUGAUGGCGGCUCGGAGCGGUGCCAUAGAGACCAAGAUAGAGGAUGUAAAGACAGAAUUGCUGGAGGGGUAUAAGGUAUUACCGGGUGUCAGCGGUCGUCUGUCAGAGUUGGAGAAGAACAACGAAGAUCUCCGUGAGAAAAGCAGACAGCUGGAACAGAAAACAACCAAAAUGCAGACGUUGAUGAGCUCACACACGGAAAAGUUGUUGGAGGUGGAGAUGGAGCUGCGUUCUUUGCGUUUGCUCAGAGAGGAAGUGGAGAGCCUCAGAGGAACAUUGGACAACAUCAGAACAAGACUGUCAUCUCUCGAGCAGGGAGGACGGACCGGAACCGGCGCUGCUACACACACACUCGCCUCCAUAGAGACUCAGAUGAAUCGCCAAGACGACAUGCUGGGUGUGCAUGAGAUCCGACUGGCUGACAUGGAUCUUCGUUUCCAGGUUUUGGAGACUGCCAGCUUCAAUGGAACCCUGAUCUGGAAAAUCCGAGACUACAAGAGAAGGAAACAGGAAGCUGUAGCAUCUAAAACACUCUCUCUAUACUCGCAGCCUUUUUACACAGGAUACUUUGGCUAUAAGAUGUGUGCCAGAGUGUAUCUGAAUGGAGAUGGCAUGGGUAAAGGCACACACCUGUCUAUCUUUUUCGUGGUGAUGAGGGGGGAGUACGACGCCCUGCUGCCUUGGCCCUUUAAACAGAAGGUAACGUUGAUGCUGAUGGAUCAGGGUCCCACCAAGAAGCAUCUGGGUGAUGCCUUCAAGCCCGAUCCGAACAGCAGCAGCUUCCGCCGGCCGGUGGCGGAGAUGAACAUUGCCUCCGGCUGUCCACUGUUUGUAGCCCAGAGUGUUCUGGAGAAUGGAAGCUACAUCAAAGAUGACACCAUCUUCAUCAAGGUUACCGUGGAUACCUCAGACCUCCCCGAUCCGUGACCUGCUAACCUCUGACCUUGCUGGUCUGAUAUCAGCUGGCGUCCUGCAUGACACAGGGCAAAGGAUGAUGGGAUACAUGGAUGGAGACUUGGAUGGUUUUCUAAAGAGAUGGGGAGGGACGAGGACAGAAGAUGGACAUCUAGAGCUUUCCAGAGUUCUAUUGGACAAACGGAGAGAUGUAGACACAGAUACAGAGAGAAAGAGACAGGGAUAGAGUCAGAAAUUGACAAACAGAGAGGGACAAACAAAGAGAGGAAGAGAUGGACAGAUGUAGAGACCUGUCAGAUCAUCUACAGAGUGAGGACAGCAUGUCCUUAACCCCAGUAUAACAUAUGUACAUUAUUAGAUACGUGUACAUUAUUAUGUACCUUAUCCAGACCUGUGGAGAUCCAUGGGACGUCCCAGAAUAUUGAUACAUGAGUACAGUUUGUGUAUAGAUUAUUAUUAUUAUUAUUAUUAUUAUUGAUGUGUUGAAGGCUGUUCACAGUGGGAGUCUUGAUGCUGCUGUCUCCAAACCUAACAAGGUUUUAGCUGUAAACAGAGGAGCAUCCUGCAUAAUGUCGCUGUGGUGACACUGACAGCCUCCUAAAAAUAAGCUGACAGAGAAUCCCGUUACCUAGCAACAGUGAACUGGAGCCAGCAUGGCUGCCAGAGGGAGUCAUCUGCUGGGCAGUGAUGGGACUGAGCCGAGCCUCUCAUUGCCUUUCUAAUGUUCUCUUACUGAUGCUGUGCAUCAAUCAUAACUUACAUUUAUUUACCCCGUUUUUCACAUCAUGGGAGUAAUUCAGAUGGUUUGUGAACCUAAACUCUACGGUCCACCAUUAUCACAACACGCACCAGGAGAAGCUGGUCAAAGGCCCAGUAAACCCAUCAGAGAAACAGUAGUCUGGAACGAGGAGCUGAACCCGUCAACAGCAGGAGGGGCUGAUGCAUGGUGGAAAUCAUUUGCACAGAUUGUUUUCUGAAUGUUUUAAGGUAAAGUUUAUUAAAGAGAUGUAA